AUGUCGGACAUCCCGCCAAAUUGGGUCCUCGCAACCGCCGCAUUGGCGGAGGCCUAUGCCAUCUACUGGUCCAAGACCACCGCAGAGAUGUCCGAGCGGCGCCAGCGCUGCCUCAAGGGGAGGGUUGAGGGCAAAGGAGGCACGUCUUGUUCAGCAUCUGGGACGGAAAGCAUAUCAAUCCCCACCACCGAUUUCGUAGAAACAGCAGAGUUGAAGGAUAUUAUGGGGAAAAACCCUGAAUUAGCAGAUAACAGUGAUGGCAAGAUUGCAUGGAUAGGAGAUGCGUUAAACAGAUUAUUAGGAGAUGACAAGCCUGGUCAUGUACAUGGAAAUUUUAGAUCCAAUGGCUACCAUUGGUUUGAACCAUCGGUUGACGGACAUAACUCAAAUAGAAAAAGGGUGCUUGCUCCUCCCGUUGAUGGACUCCGACUUGUUAAAAGACGACCAAGUAAUUUACAAAACAAGCAAAGUGGUUCAAAUGGUGCAGAUUUGCAAACAUCAAACAACAAUUCUGUUUCAGAUAAGAACGAACAAACUAUGGUUCAUAAUGGUGGCAGUGCACGACAACUAGAAAAAUGUUCUGCUGCACCCAAGAACCAAGAAACUUCUGAUCAUAAUUUUAGUGCAUGGCAAGGGGAAAUAAAUUCUGCUACACAAAAGAACGUUGUUCAGAACAAAGAAACUUUGCUUGAGGCUGUCAGUGCGCGUCAGGGAGAAAAAACUUCUGCUUCAAACAAGCUGCCCAAAAAAACAACAACAAAAGGUGCUAAUGCAAGCAGUAAGAGUUCUCAAAGUGCUUCCCUGAGUUGGUUGGGUGCCAAUGAACUACCUGUAGGAAUUAAAAUAUUCUUGAAGAGCCUGAAAAAAUAUAGCAUGGACGUAGCUCUUGCUACAAUUGUAAGUUGUAAUCCUAAAUUAAACUUGAUGGUGCUGAAAUUGGAAAUAAAUUCUGGACGGUGCAUGUCGAUAUGGCACUUGAGAAAACUGACAAUUUGGUACGGAGUCGCAAAAACUGCAAUACUCUCGGUAAUGCUGGAAAAACAAAGAUUGCAUGGCCUUCAAAGUUUAUUCAAAAGAUAAAUGGAUGAGUAUAUGGGUGUGUGGCAACUCAACUGCAAAGAAAGAUGUCGAUGGUCCGUUUCAUGAUGAUGAUGAUGAUGGAUGGAUGCUAUCAGUUUUAGUUAUAUCGUAGGGAUGACAUUCCUGUUGAAUGUUGUUCCUCGGUUAAGUUUUAGUUAAGUUGUAGGGAUGUUGAUGGAUGCUUUCGUUUAAGUUUCAGUGUCAGAAAAUAGAUAGAUUAUGCAUCACAUUUGGAUGAUGUUCUCCUGUAAUAACCACUAUUGUAAUCCAACAAUUUUAUCUAAUAUAUGAUUUCUUUGUCU